GAAUAUGGGGAACCGCAGGACAAUGGAAAAAUUUAAAAAUUAUGCACCUUCCACUGCAUCCUAAUCUAAAUUGGCCUGUUAUAACAAAAGAUUUUCAGCGCCUUCAUAUAGUAAGGAUUGUAGAUAAGUGACGGAAUAAAUAUUCAAUCAUAAAAAUGAAACAUCAGUUGGGCUGUCCUAGUCUGCAAACUAUAUUGCGCUAAGAAAUCGAUCAUAAACACGUCAUUUUUCAAUGACCAAAAGAUAUGUUACCGUAGGAUAGAGAAAAGAAUAUUUGUUGUUAUAUUUAUGCAAUAGUUUAUAACGUUAUGAAAAAUGGAAACCAGCACUGAAAAUUGGGACCCAGCACUUACGCGACUGUUGUCUUCACUAAAAGAAGUUCAGUCUAAUGGGGAAGAUGUUGCUUUUUUGAAUGAGCUUUUACAAUCCAAACAACUUCAUGCACUUGUGCAAGUGCACAAUAAAAUUGUAGCAGCUCAAUGCAAGGAUGACAAGUUCUACCCUUUACUAUCUAAUGCUAUGCAAGUUACCUUAGAAGUACUGGAAAUGUUUGGAGAAGUGGUCAUAGCCUCUAAAGAGUAUCAGGAACUUCUUAGCUUGCUCCAAAAACCACAUUUUCAGGCUAUUCUAUGCACGCAUGAUGCUGUAGCACAAAAAGAUUACUAUCCACAUCUGCCCGAUAUACCACAAGAUGCUGAUGAGGAGGAGGAAACUGUAAAAAUAGUUCAGCUAGUCAAAAGUGACGAACCAUUGGGUGGAGCUCAGAGUGCAGAGCCUAUAGUGGGUGCUACGAUUAAAACGGAUGAGGAGACUGGGAAGAUUGUUAUUGCUCGUGUCAUGCAUGGUGGAGCAGCCGAUAGGUCAGGUCUGAUACAUGCCGGAGAUGAAGUUAUAGAAGUCAAUGGAAUUAGCGUUGAAAACAAAACUCCUGCUGAUGUUCUGACUAUCUUGCAAAACUCGGAGGGAACAAUUACAUUCAAAUUGGUUCCAUCGUUCGGUAAAGGAGGAUCGAGGGAGAGUAAAGUAAGAGUUCGUGCACUUUUCAACUAUAACCCUGCAGAGGAUCCUUACAUACCUUGUAAAGAGGCGGGUCUGAGCUUUAAAAAAGGCGACAUACUACAUAUUGUUUCUCAAGAUGAUGCUUAUUGGUGGCAGGCACGCCGCGAAGGUGAUCGUAUUAUGCGAGCCGGUUUGAUACCCUCCAGGGCCCUGCAGGAGGGCCGCAUCCUUCACGACAGACAGACUGAUCCACAAACUUUAGACGGCAAGCCGGCACUAUGUAGCCCCUCUACAGCUAAUACCGACUGUGCCCCCAAAACGCCCUGCUCGCCGACGCCAAACGCGACCGCACUGUUACCAUGCAAGUCGACGCCCAAGGUCAAGAAGAUCAUAUACGACAUAAAGGAGAACGACGACUUUGACCGAGAAAUGGUGCCCACUUACGAGGAGGUGGCCAGGCUGUACCCGAGGCCCGGGUUCGUCCGGCCGAUAGUGCUAGUUGGCGCCCCGGGCGUUGGUCGUAACGAGCUACGUAGAAGACUGAUUGCGACUGAUCCGGAGAAAUAUGUCACUCCUGUGCCUUAUACCUCUCGGGCGCAAAAACCUAGUGAGCAGAGUGGAAAAGAAUAUGUAUUUGUCACGCGUGAAAAGAUGGAGCAGGACAUCUCUGACGGGAAAUUCAUCGAGCACGGCGAGUACAAAGGGAAUCUUUAUGGAACAUCCGCUGAAAGCGUUGAAACUAUAGUCAAUACCGGACGGGUUUGUGUCUUAAGUCCUCACUGGCAAGCUCUGAAAAUGUUGCGCACGCCACGUCUUCGCCCCUACAUCGUGUUCAUCAAACCACCGCCGUUAGAGAAACUUGUUGACACCAGAACAGCAGCCAACGCCCGUUCGACUUUUGACAAGGAGUCGUCUAGAGCAUUCACGGAAGAAGAGUUUAACGACAUCAUCAGGUCAUCGAAUCGCAUAAACUUUCUGUACGGUUAUAUGUUCGACGAGGAGAUAGUGAACGAAGAUUUAGCGAGAGCUCUCACGCAGCUCCUCAAGAUGGCAUGGAAAGUCCAAUCUGAGCCCCUGUGGGUGCCGGCGUCCUGGGUUCAAUAAGCAAUUGGAAUUCUUUUGAUGUACCUAUACGUUUAUUGUCUAGUCAAAUAUAAUAUCAUGUUGAAAUAGUAUAGUUAUAUGUUGUUGAAUAUGUUUCGGAUGUUUUUAAGUUAGAUACUGAGACCCAUGUCGCUGGCUAUGAGAAUGUAACCCUUCCCCAAACAUUUCCCCUUCUAUUGAAACUUUGCGUUAGGACUGUGGGUAGCGGAGCGUAUAGCGUGGCGUAGAAAAACAAAACUUACUCUUCCAUUAUGUAUUGUUUGCGAAAUUAUUUUGUGUAUUCUUUACAUUUAUUUCCUUCGAGUAGCUUAAAAUUAGUGACGCUCCUCGCCUCGCUAUGCACAAGCUAUUCACCCCUUUGUUUUUAUAAUAUGUAUAUAAUAUAAAUAUUAGUGGAUAUGGAUUCUGCUGUCGCCUCGUUUUCCGUAUUUCCUUCGACCGAUAUCUCCCGUAACUUGAACUGUUAACUGAACCUCUUCACUCAGUAGCCGUAAAGCCGCCGUAGUAUAGCUAUAGAUUACAUGAAACAUUGAUACAUACCGUGCCGGUUAGAUAAAGUUACUCAAAUAGACAUUCGUUACGAAGGCAUAAUGUUAGAGUUAAAUUACAUUAAAAUAGGUAUAAAUCAAGUGUCUUCCUGAUGUCAAACGUAAAUAUCAAUGCUUGAUGUAAACAUUUUGGUCGCGUUUGUCGGCGGAUUCGAGGGGGCGCAAAUGUUUAAAUUUGAUCGGUUGUAAAUUUGUUAGUUUGCGCCCUUACAGACCGUUCAGAGUUAAUUUACCUUGCAGUUUCUAUGAUAGUGACCCUUGUGUCAUUGAAAUAGACUUCCUGGCCAAAUAACUAUUUACAGUCUCUAGUUCCGGUGCGAAUGUCUUCCCUUGUUGUGUGCGCAAUGGCGGUCUCUGAAACCGUCACUAGCGCUAAUCUGCAAGUGAAUCGCAUUCGAAACCAAAAAUCCCGGGACUUUGGUCCGCUGACGCACGCGAAUACAUUGGAUAAAGCCUAAAACAAAUUUUCUGGAAGCAUUCGACAUAGCAACAAGGUGGAAAUUGGAUAGUCUAAAAAACUUCUAAAUGGAAUUUCUACUGAGCGUUAUUAACUAAUACUUUUACUAACUUACUAAUUGCCUUUACUAACUACUGCGAUUUGUUUCAUAAAAUGUAUUGAAAUCUUGUUUUUCGAGAAUGUCUCAUCACGAAGGUAUCAUUGUGUCUUAUUUCAAAAUCACUGCUGGUUUCUUGCUGCUAUGCGUGAAUGCUUUUGCAAAUUGUCAGUAAGCAUGCAAUAUAACCGAAAGCCUAAAUUAUAGAAAUGUAAUACGUUGUUUAGCCCCAUUAUAAUUGUAAAGUGUUGUGAGAUUAUGUUUUUAUAAAAAACAUGAAAACCAAAAAAAAACUGUAACGUAGGUUAAAUACAUGAUAGGCUAAGUGACAUGACGAAAACGAAACUAAAAAGAG